GGAGGCACAUAAUUGGCGGCAGAUCCUUAGCUGGUGUAAAGUGCCAUUGAAAUCAGUGAAGCUAUGACAAUUUAUUAACUGGAGAUUUGCCCCCUGGAACCAAUCUCUGCUAGCAGGGCUGCUGGUUAGUGCUUAGGAUGAUCCUCUUUCCUUGGUGUUGUCCUAGGCCAUCAAAAUCAACUCAACAGAACACAUGACAGGAGCUGAAGUGUUCUUCUCCUCAGCCUGACUUUUCAUUUUCUGGUUGCUGGCCACUUUUGAAAGCCCUCUGGCCGUAAUGGGUUGAGUUCUAGGGGAGAAGUGAAAGGACAGACUAACAAAGGGACUUCAGAGUACUUUACUCUCUUCUCUUUUGUUCUGAUGUUAGUAUCAGAGUCAUCACUCACAUGGUCAGACCCAAAAUCAGAAAUGAAGUGGAUUAGGAGAUUAUGCUUGGAGCAAAUCCUGCCAUCAUAAUCUUACCUGUAAUCUGCAAGAGUCUCCCAUUUUACCUCCCUUCUAUUUUAACCCUGAACUCUGGAUGCCCCAGCUGGGAUCCCAUCACCAGUUGUUCCUCAUUGGCUGGAUUAGGAUUUGCUGCAUACUUAAAUGUCAGGUCCUUGUUUGAAGAGGGUUUUGCGAGUUUAAAUUCACUUUAGGAAGUGUGAAACUCUCUCUGGAGGGGUGCCCUUUUUGCAGCUCUGUCACCCGUGACAGUGAAUUAGAAAAAUCUUGUGGUUGGGUGUUUGGGUUAUCUAAUUAGCAUAAUUCCUGUGACAUCAGCUGAUUUUGAAAUUUAAAGACAAAAAAGUAGAAUUGGAGAAAAAAAAAAGUCAACCAAACCACCAACAACCGAGAAGGAGAAGUCUGCAAAAUUUUCAUUGUUCCUGAAAAACGUGACCAUCUCUUUGUUUGAAAAUGGGGAACAUGGAUGGGAAAUCCGUGGAAGAACUGAGUGCCACCGAGUGCCACCAAUGGUACAAGAAGUUCAUGACAGAGUGUCCCUCGGGCCAGCUCACCCUGCAUGAGUUCAAACAGUUUUUUGGUUUGAAAAAUCUGAGUCCAGCAUCAAACAAAUACAUUGAGCAAAUGUUUGAGACAUUUGACUUUAAUAAGGAUGGCUACAUUGAUUUUAUGGAAUACGUGGCAGCUCUGAGCCUGGUCUUGAAGGGAAAAGUGGAACAGAAGCUGAGAUGGUAUUUCAAGCUCUAUGAUGUGGAUGGGAAUGGCUGCAUUGACAGAGGAGAAUUAUUGAAUAUCAUCAAGGCUAUUCGAGCCAUUAACCGAUGUAACGAAACAAUGACCGCUGAGGAAUUCACAGACAUGGUGUUUCAUAAAAUUGAUAUCAAUGGAGAUGGCGAGCUCUCCUUGGAGGAGUUCAUGGAGGGAGUACAGAAGGACGAGGUGCUCCUUGAAAUCCUCACACGGAGCUUGGACCUGACGCACAUUGUCCGGAUGAUCCAGAAUGAUGGGAAGAACCCACAGGACUCGGAGCAGACAGAAGGGGCGGCUGAAUAG